ACAACUAGACUAAUUUUGCGGAGUUUAGGGUGGAGCGCAAACUACAAGAUGCGCUUGCAGAUCUUGCGGGGUCUCUCACGCAUGCGCACUCACCCGCUCCGCCAGCAAACGCAAGACUGAAGCCCGUGGCACAUCAUGGCAGAUGACGACUUCUCCACUGCAGAUGCUGGGGCAUCAACAACGUUCCCCAUGCAGUGUUCUGCACUGAGAAAGAAUGGCUUUGUCAUGUUAAAAGGACGUCCCUGUAAAAUAGUCGAAAUGACUACCUCAAAGACGGGCAAGCAUGGCCAUGCUAAGGUGCACCUUACUGGACUCGACAUCUUUACUCAGAAGAAGUAUGAAGAUAUCUGCCCAUCUACUCACAACAUGGAUGUUCCAAAUGUGAUAAGGAAAGAUUACCAGGCGAUCGAUGUCUCAGAUGGUUUCUUGUCGCUCAUGGAUGACAACGGAGAAACCAGGGAGGAUCUCAAAGUGCCUGAAGGGGAUUUGGGCAAAGAAAUCAUCAAGAAGAUCAGCAAUGGAGAGCUGUUCAUGGUCUCUGUGUUGAAAGCCGUGGAUGAAGAGCAGAUAGUCGGCACAAAGAACAUGACCUCUUAAUUAAUCUCGGACCACGAAGGAGACCUCCCCCUCCCAGUCACCUUUCUGGUUUUGAAGCCUCACCAAAGCAACUGCCCCCCCCCCCCCCCCCCCCCACACACACACACAUCUGCACAUGUGAGAACCACAUCUGGUCAGGUCCAGUUUCACCUCAGAUUUGAGCCACAGUGGCGUUUCUCUCAGUCAUUACAGUCAGUCAUUCCAUGCUGCUGUUGCUCCAGGCAUUCAUGACCACAUUCCAGCAUCUCCUAGCAUUCCUACCCGCCUUCAACCAUUAGCUUUUUAGGGUGCAUUGCUUUCAAAAUCUCUGUUAAUCCUUUUAGAAGGUAAUGUCUUGUUAUCUAGUUAAUUAGGUUCUCUAAAAUGUGCCUCUAGUUGAUUUUAUCUGUAGCAUGGCUCCACACCCCGAGCACAUAACGGCUUAAUCUGGCUCCCAGUUCAGACAGCCCGCAAACACGCCUUCAUUAUUCGCCGAAUUAUCCCUUUCUGCUUCUGAUAACGUCCACACGCACACCAACCAGUCUUUAGAAAUGCCUUAGCCACUUUGUUUUAACGUGGAGAGUAGUCAGCACUGAGGCUGCAGGCGUGCAGGAGAGCCUGGGCUGCAGGUCGGGCUAUCCUCGCUGACAUCUGCGUUGGGACCCAUGUGAUUGGGCGGGGCCAUUUUCUUCUCUAUGCUGUUCAACUUUCUUUCCACUUGAGGCCUUUUUGAGCAGGUAAAUGUUAACAAGUUUGAAGGAAAAAAAACAUUUAAAUCCAAAACUUUUGCAUUUUAAUCACUUUUCAUAGAUACACCAGAGGGCUGCAAAUAUAAACACUAUAAUAGUAUAUCUGCCAAACUGCAUUAAAGCAAAGGAAGCAGCCAGUCAGUCUAAAGGCAUCACAAUGCUGCUCUGUGAUUGGCUAAGCAAUGUGCAGGCAAGGAUGUGUAACUAAUAUGGUGGCUUAUAAGUGUUAACAAACAGUAAAAUUGGUCACUUUUCUUCAGAGAAAUGAAGCUGUCAAAAGUUAGAAUUUCUUUUGAGACCUUUAAGCUUCCUAAAGUUUUCAUGUCGUAUUUUGUUAAUGCAAACAUGUUCUUGUCUAUAAAAUCUGGUUUCAGGAAUAUUUGUUUGGAAAAAAAGAAUUGCAGGCAAAUGGAGUUAUGAGCAGGCGGGUCCUCUCAACCUGAGACAACAAACAAAUAGAAACUUCUGAAAAGUUUGUAAUAAGCUGCUAAAACAGUUAGUUUGGUUUGAUCAGUUCAUAUAAAUGAGCAUGUUUGCAUUAACUUGGGGUUAGAGCUGCUGUUAAGUGUUUUACUUUGACAGUGAGGCUGUUUUUGACAGCGGAUAAGCUCCGCCCCCUUACAGCAGGUAUGCAAAUGUUUACAUAAUGUUAAUGACCUCAAAUUACUGCAAAAGUUGACCUUCAUGUUGUUUUUGUGUGUGUUACCACAGACUGCAGGGUUUGAGAUCAUGUGUCAUGUUUGGUCGAGGGUCGCUCUUGUUUGUAUUUUUAUUUUAUUUUUCCCCUCAUCUAUAGGGUCAAAUCAGAAUCCGCUUAAAGAAAGAAAAAAUAAAAAUACUAAGUUAGAAAAAAAGAUCCUUUUAAUUUGACAAGUUUAAAAAUUUAAAAGCAGCUUUCAAAUUGAAAGUAAAUAUUGUAAACUAAAGAUAUUGCUAAUAAAAAACCCGCAAAA